GCCGCGAGCUCCAGUGUAUCAGACGGUGACACCAAACCAGUUGCUGCUGAAUCAAGUCCAUCUGUAGGGAAGACGCUAAUUCUCCGACAUGAGCCAGCCAGCAGAAAGAGCCUAUUACAGGUUCCUGCUACUAUUUUUCAACUGCCUGAUGACUUUUGGUUCCUAUUUCUGCUUUGACAUUCCCAGUGUGCUUCAGGAUCAGUUCCAGGGGUGUUGUGGCCCGUUCCAUUCCAGAAUCUCACUUGUCUUAAUGCUAAUGACACCAAUGGGACAACAGAUUGUGUGGAGGGACUGGGAAUGACCCCACAGCAGUACAACCUUCUCUAUGCUAUCUAUGCGUGGACAAAUGCUCUGGUGGUGAUACUGGCAGGUUUCCUCAUAGACAAGCUGGGAAACCGUGUUGGUGUCCUCUUGUUCUCCUUUCUUAUUGUGCUGGGCUCGGCCACCUUUGCUUUGGGAUCUCAUUUCAAGGGGACCCAUUACCUAUUGCCUCUGAUGCUCAUCGGCCGACUUAUUUUUGGCUCAAGCAACGGGUCACUCAUGAUUGCACAAGAUCGAAUCGUUGCUUUCUGGUUCAAACGCAAGGAGCUGGCUUUGGCUUUUGGGCUGAUAAUGGCCUUCUCUCGUUUUGGCAGUGUCCUCAAUUUCUUAUUAACCCAGUCUUUAGAGGCACGUUUUGGGAUUCAGUGGACUCUUUGGGGAGGAACUUUGCUGUGUGUUCUUAGCUUUGUGUCGGCCAUCAUCGUUGGCAUCCUGGAUGGGAAUGGAGCAAAACAGUUGGGACUAGAUGAAGUCCUUCAGCAGGAAUCCAAGAAAGUGAAGCUACAGGAUAUUCGCCACUUGUCUCUCCGCUACUGGCUACUGGUUCUCACCGUCAUGUUCUUCUAUAAUGGAAUCUCCCCAUUUAUUGCAGAUGCCAGCAAGUUUAUUCAGGAUAAGUAUCCGGGCUACAGUCAGCAAGAAGCCUCGUACAUCACUGGUGCUGUGUUCGAUACCUCGUUGAUUCUGUUACCCAUAGCUGGAAUCCUCAUUGAUCAUGUAGGAUUGAGAGGAGUAUUUGUCACGACGUGUGCUGUGUUGACAGUCCCGGUUUUUGCACUCUUGGCAUUUACCUUUGUACCACCACUGGUUUCUAUGAUAUGGCUGGGAGUCACCUACUCGUUUGCUGCGGCAAGUUUGUGGCCAUCAAUCAUCUUGGUCGUUCCUCUGGCAAAUCUUGGAACAGCUUCAGGAGUCGCAACCUCAGUGCAAAUGAUUGGUAUUGGUGUUUGCAACCUGAUAGUUGGACAGAUCCUUGCAAGCAAAAUCAGUGAUGUGAAGAUCCCAGUGUGGCGCUGGCGGCAGGUGAUGAUCUUCAUGCUGGCCAACACCAUCUGCUGUGUGGUCGUCUCCGUCCUUCUCAAUAUAGUGGACAGCAGACAGGAUAACAUUUUGAACAAAACCACCAAGCAUUCUGAAGCUACAAAAGAGGAAAAUCAAGAACCAUCAGAGACAUCCUCUCUGCUAACAGAUAGCAGCAAUUGAAGAAUAAUUUGAAAAUCAGUGCAGCAGAUUUGGCUUGAGAGAAAAUGGACCAAACGCCAUGCCUUUUUUUUUUAAACUGAAGUUGUUCUGCCAGUAUGAUCAUUUGUCAAAUGCCAAUCAUCUCAAACAAAUAAUGGUUUCUAACUGAACUCGAGACAAACUUCUUACAGUUUGGGUGUUUGCACUCUAUGUUCCUGAAUAUUGUAAUUUGUUCAAUUUCACAUUGGGUCUGCGUGUUGUUCAAUAGUCCUGCAGUCACCGACUCACGCGAGCUACUAGUUUGACAUCUACUGAAAGAGAGAUUAAAGCUAAACCCUGAUACCCGCAGACUGUCGUGAAGCAAACUGGAAUAGAGCUGUUCAAUCUUUGCAAAUACUGAAUGCAGGUCAUUGCUUCUAUUUCAGACUGGAUAAUAACACUUGCCAAUAUCUAUAUUAAAGAUACAUGCAGAAA